ACAACGAGGUGACGCAAUCACAGAUUACCAAAAAUCUUAUCUUCCCAGUAUCACUAAUCCUUAAUAUAGUUAAAUAAAUAAAACCAUACAUUUACCAGACACAAAUACUGGCACGUGUACCGUUACAUACAUAUUUUUAAUAUUUGUGAGGAUUGUUUUGUUCCCCGUGCAUUGAAAAGCAGUGGUGCGGCCCAAUAGUAUUGAAGGCGAAGCUGAAAAACGGUUUGUUUUCACCGAGAGGAAGAAGCGCUGCUGAUAUCCACCGCCGCUGCACCAGGUUUUAAAAACGGUUGUAACAUUUAUUUUAAAUCUGGUUGGUUUUCUGACAGCUGCUUUCUUAGCUCGCCAUGGCUCUGUGCGGGGGUGUUGGAGCCAUGGCUUUACCCAGCGAGCUUAUCGUCCACAUAUUCUCCUUUCUGUCCGACCGAGACAAGCUCCGGGCCUCGGCCGUGUGUUCACGAUGGAGGGAGUGUCUCUUCUACCCCGCGCUGUGGACCGAGCUUAAACUGCGAAUAGGUGGUGGUGGUGGUGGUUGUAACAGCGGCGGCUCCCCUUCCGAGGGGACCCCGAAACUGGAGUUCCUCAUGCGGAAGUUUGGUUCCUUCGUGCGGGAGCUGCAGCUUGAACUCGCACCAGUGGAAGGUUACCUUAGCCCUCUGAGCAGCGACCCGUCCUCCACCAGGAUGGACCAGCCUCCCGCUCCCGACAACGACCCGCAGCUCUCCGAGCGAUGGAGAGACGCCAUGGCCACCUACUUGGACCAGGUGUUGUGUGUUUUCACCAGCAUCCGCAACAACAGAAACCUGCAGAAGCUGAGUCUGUAUGGAGACACCUGUAUUCUCCAACAGGAGGGACUAUUGGACAGCUCCAACCUGCACCAAAUUCACCAAGGAGACAAAAAGAUCAACGAAAUCCAGCAGUUGUUCAUGGAGUUGUUGUCCAACAGCAGGCAGCUGAGGUGGUUGUCUUGUAGCUUUAUGCUGGGUCUGGUGACUCCCUGCUCAUUAGCCUGCCUGUCAAAUCCUUCCGCUGAGACCUUGCAGCACCUCAGUUUACUGGACCACCAGCUGGGUCCCCUCAUCUCACCGUCAGAGAUGGAUCGUCUAUCUAAUCUUCAUUCUCUGGCUCUGGAUUUCUCUGAUUUGACAUCUGAGCUUUGUGGUCUGCUGGCAUCUCCACGCCGAACUCCACUGCAUCGCCUCUCCCUGCUGCUCAAUGGCGCCGCCCUGGAGUUCAAACCAUUAGAAGGAACAGCUACAGAGGAUGAUUGGAAGGCUCUGGUUCGUGUGAGUGCCAACCUGCGAGUGUACAUCAUGGCCCUGGAGGUCGACAGCUCAGAGCUCCUCCGGGUCCUAAAGCCGAGCCUUCCUCUGGAGCGCCUCCACCUCGAUAGUUACAGCACACUGGUGUCCGACGCCACAUUGGAACUCAUCUCUCAGCAGUACAACAAAACGCUGACUCACUUCCUGCUCCUGAGGGAUGACCCCGACUUCCCUGACCUCAGUGUGAAUCGAAACGAAGACCCGUUGGUCCUCUUGGCAUGGAGAUGUACUCAGCUGGCUGUAUUGGUGAUACAUGGUUACACUGUAUGGUCCCAUAACUUGGUGGCCAUCUCUCGUCUGCGAGGCUCCAGUCUUCGCGUGCUUACCGUCUCUGAGGAGAGCAUCGACUUCGAUCCGGACCAGUCGGUGUGCAUGGAGGGGGAUCCGGUCCAUAACCUGGUCAAAGAGGUUUCACUGGGCCUCGGCCGUGUCUGGCACCCCUGCCUGGAUUCCAGCCUGGUAUUGUCCGAACCCACCCAGCACUUCCACCGCGAGCUGAACGCCUUCAGCAUGGGCAUGUAGGCAGGGAUGGCAAAUCCAACUCAACACAGCUUAAACUGUGUCAAGACCAGGCCAGACCAACCAAGUCUGAGUCAACUCAGACCUCUGUACCAGGCCAAAAGCAGAGCUAAGUGAAAAACUGGAUCUUAAAACAAUCUAUGAAUUACAUUUAUGUGAAGUGAUGUGAGCUGAUUGUUUUUAUUUUACUUUUAUUUUUUGCAUUUCUUUCACAGGGAUUUUAGCACACAAUCAAGGCCUACCAUUUUCCAAAUGAUUCCCUGUUUUCUAGCGUUGCCUCUUGAUUAUCUAGUUAGCCAGUGACUUGGAAAAACCGAUUCAGUCUUUGAUAUUUUAAAUACUUUUUCAAAUUAAUACUAUCCAAUUAAAACUGGAUAUUCUAAUUAAAAUGUGAUAUUCGUUCAGUUUGAAGUCAUACCAAUCUGUGAUCUCUGACCACAAACAAGACUUGAGUCAAGCCCAUUUUUAAUUUGUCCGCUAAAACAGGUCAUUCUGCUGCUUCUAAUGCCCUCUGGUCUGGCAUGGCCCAGUCUGGUCUGGUCUUGAUCAACAAGUAUUCAGAGCUUGAUGUCUCUCCUUCACCAUAAUAACCUCCAGAGCCUCUGUAUGAUGUAACUUUCAUUUGUUUUUUGUUUUUUGUUUUGUUUUUUUAUUUGACUGCUUUUCAUCUCUCCCCGCUCUGUGUAUAACCUUGUUUUCCUGUGUGGUGGUUCCCUUGCCUGUAUAGGCUUUGUGUGUAUUUAAAUACAGAUAUAUUAUUAUCCUGCUCAAUGCUAGAACAGGACAGGCAGGCGGGUUGAGUGAUGGACCAGUGGGAUUUAGGGGGGGAAAUGUGUGUUCCGACAAAAGCCACUGGCUUUAGUUGUGAAAGUAUUUCUCUUUUCUUUUCUUUUUUUUUUUUUAUCCAUAGCUCUUUGUCGGUCUGUCUGUCUGUUCCACUCGCACACUAGCAAAAGUUAGGAGUUUGUAAACUAACCGAUCAGUCACUUCUUCGGUAACACAACCUUAAAUGCUUCUGCUACUGCUCUACUCUAAAAGAGCCCUGUGUGCACUUGUCCACUAGUUCAAGAGCCUUGCCAGCAGGGUGGGAAUCUCAACUGUAAUGGGGCUGACUGUGGCAGGUGCUCAUCAGAUUUAAUGCAGCCAUGUCAGUGCUAUGGCACAGAUGUAUGACCAUUGUAAAGUGAAUGACUUUUCAAAGCUAAAUGGUUUUGUUAAGGAUUUUGAGCACCUUACCGAUAGUGUUACGGAAGACAUUGUUACAUGCGUGCAGCCAACGCACUUCCCACACCGCUCACUUGUCGAUUUCUCGGUAAACCUCACUAGUCGUUCAAAUAGGGAGCGUCGUCUUCAACUAAAAGAUUCAGCCCGUCACAAUACAACGCCCCCCUACUCUGUUGUGUUUUGAUCGGUAGUGAGCUAGUUGUAAAUCUUUUGCAUCUUUUUUCUAUAUUCAGGGUGAAUAUAGCUGCCUUUGCUCUCCUCCAGAGGUCAAAACUUUCUGACCAGUAUCACCGGUUCCAGAGCCCUUUUUGUAUGGAAAUGUCAAGUCAUCAAGUCAAAGAAAAGAACAGGAGUGCGUCCUAAUAUGAAGGGCUCUGAGAUUUAAAAUCUUCAGAUAGUUGCACAUUAUUCUAAAGAGAAAAUAGGUUUUCAUUUCACAAUACCCGUGUGUAUAUAAUAUAUAUCUGCGUUUUGAGAAAUCUGUGACUACUUCCAAGUUCAUGGUAAGGCCAUGCAAAAACAACACCAGUAUUCUGUAGGCACAGCUUCCUAAGGUCUUGCAGUCAUGCCAGCAAUUUUGUAGGCGGGAACUAGUUUUUCUCAAUGGUGGUUUUCUUCUUUUGGAGUAAAACUUUUCACGAUAAAGAACAGGGAAAAGAAAAAGGAUGUACUGAAUUUAACUUGACUCUCAUUCUGUCAUUCUCUUGGCCAGUCGGGUUUUUGUUAUAUAUAUUGAAGGCUUACUGUAUAGCUAUAUUUGCCACAGAAAAUGGGCAUAAUCAUAUCUUGCCACAGCUGCUGACUAAGUGAGUUUGGACAUUGUAGGUUCCACUGAUGGCCAUGGCUGGUUAUUUUUUUCCAAGAAGUGGCACCUACAGCACAACAAGGUUUGGGGUCAUGUGGCGUAUUUCUGUGGCAAACAUUUUUCUCUCAUCAGUCUCAGGUAGGCUUUUAACAUCACUAUGACCAGGACAGUGAUGGUGACGAUGUCGAGUAGGGUGUGUGAAACAAUCAGUUAGUGUGAGAUAUUGUCCUUCUUUUUUUAGUUCCUCUUGAGUCACAGUUGCCUUGGAAACAGCCCCGUGUUUCCUGGAUACAGUUGUUGUUGUUGUUAUUGUUGUUAUUGUUGUUAUUAAUGAUGUUUAUCUUGCCAUCUGAUAAACCCUUGCUCCGCUUUGGUUGGGGGGGUCAGCAAACCUAAUCAUACAUUUGUUUUCAAAGAUUAAGGUUGAUAAAGACUAAAGAAUGGCAAAACCAAUCUGCUCAUUGCACAUGUUUAAUAUCUCCAGUAGAUGUUGUGGGGGACAGACAGUGGCUGUGGAGUGGAAGAAAAUCCAUGCUGUCAUUAUAGGACCUGCUGGGCCCAAUUAAUGUCUGAACUGAAUGUAGUCAAUUUUCUGGGGUGAAUUUUCUGUCUGGCACAGCGGAUCUUGUCUGGAUGUGCAACUGGCUUUCAUUAACUAGGGUGAAGGCUUUACUUUGAUCCAGUCCUAGUCAUAGUCUGAUUCUAAUGUUUAAAUAUUACUAGGGGAAUGCCUUUGCCCUAAUAAAUGAAAUAAAUGUUAUUCAGGCUCUGUGGUAGGAAGUACAAGCAUGCCAUGUUCUGGGCUCAAGCCAAGCAUUGCUGACCAAAUAUCUUGUGCUCCACGAAAACCUAGUCCUGUGUGUGUGUGUGACCUAGGCCAAGUAUGGUUACAUCUGAGGCUCCAGUGUUGCGACUGAUGUGAUAUACUGGUAUCUUAUUAUGGCAUUUCCUGAGCUGAGUUGGGAUUUUACCAGGAAAAUCAAAGUUAGGUUGUGCUGUAGAACACCUAUCUUUUGUAAGUAAAUACUGUCAACUAGCCAUUGUUUGGAAAGACACCCUCCCAAAUGGCUCCAGCUCAGUCACUGUUGUGCAUGCCAUGGCACUUUAGAGGUCGCAGCAAUGACAUUGCAGACUGUGAAUGACCAUAUCGAGGUCUGUCGUUUACAAGCUUGACCUGCGAUUUUUCCAUGGACUGAUAUGGAACCGGAGUUAUACAGCGUGCCAGCACUUUGCUUGGUUCUGAAUGAAUAAGUCCUAGUGGUGGGCCUGUGGUUACCAAAUGUUUGCUCAUCUGUUAAGGGACCUUGAUGGUUUAGCCAUGAUAAUCUCUCUAGUAGUCCUUGGUCCAUAUCUCAGGAUAAAUGCACCCUGGUACCAAGAGUUUCUUUUAGAGGCUGCCUGUGGCUGUAUAUAGUGCUGUACACUCCAACACUCAGAGGGGUUAGCAAUACCAACGUAACACAUUCAGACCAAAAUAUGUUGGUUUUUAUUUCAUCUUCCUCCUCCUCUCCUCCAAUGUUUCCUCUCAUCGUGUUUUUUUUUUUUUUUUUUAGAGCUCAACUUUGCUCCUUUUAUGUGAGAGGUUUAAUCUGUUAUAAGUGUGUACUGUGUAUAGGCAUCACCUGAUACAGAGGGGAAAACCACAGCAGUCUACAGUAGAAUGUAAUUUCAACCUAGGUCAUCUGAACUUAGCAAAUAGAUUUUUUACAAACAGCUGAUUUUAAAAAGCUAAUUUUACCCACUAUGUGUGCUUCCUCCUCAAUUUCCUGUCUUCUCAAGUCCCCACAUGUUAUUGGCUCCACAGUAGAAGGCAGAUCUCACUGUUUGGGCAGUCCAGCUUAGCUCUUGUGGCUCGUUUCUGCCCAGAAUAAAAGGAGGGGCUGUGGGUUUUCCCAGACUAUGGUCAGCUAGAGCAGAAUAAAAAAAUGUCAUUCAGCUAUAAUAUUCCCAUUUGGAAAAUGUAUUAAAGUGCUGUUCUAAUCAUGAAUUCCACUCGCAUACAGUUAAAAAGGUCUUCCAGUAAGGAGGCCCCAGGACAAAUUAUCAAAUUAUUAAAAGUGACGAUUUAUGAUAUAGAAAUAUUAUAACAACAUUUAGGAGACAAAAGUGCAGAGAGAAAGAGGAAAGAUCUUGUAGACGAUAUGCAUGAGAGCAAAAAGGCAUUGCAAAACAAUGUCUUCUUUAUGAUCACAUCUGUUGGUUUUUGUUUCUUCACCAAAACAUGCUAGUAUUUUAGUGUUGUCCUAGCAAGGAGAGAAGAGGUGAGACAAAGUUCUGCCAGUAAGGCAAAUUACUUCCACUCCAAGAGUCUGACAAAACAUGGUCACAGUACAGCAUAGCAUUUACUACUGUCAGUGGGAAAAUGACAUAUUCCUGAUCCCUUUGUAUCAUCGGCAGUAGUUGACUAUUGAGCCAUCUUGUGCCUGAAAGCUUCUGGAGUCUUACUGAUUUUCAAACCACUGCUCUCCCUAAGUUGUCAGCUUUGUGUUGUCUGUAGUUGUUGCUAUGCUUCUUAGAUCACUCUUUAGGGAAGCAGCAUUAGAAGCUACAGUAGCUAGGGUUUCAGCACAGGCAUGUUUUAAAUUUCUCUUGGAGCGUGCCUGUAUUAUACGUUUUCAUGUAAUCUUUAAAAAGUGUAUCCAGUAGAAAUGUGUGAAUAAGAUGUUCUGAAUGUGUGUGGGAACAAAUUGUCAGCAGUGCAGCCAUCAGAUGUUUUCAGCGUGUGUGCGUUUGUGUGUGUAUUUAAGGGGGGGGGGCCUCGUGUUCAGCAGUGUAGUCUUAUCACUUCUACUGCAGCAGGAAACAGGAACAGAAAUCGUUCGUUCUCAGGGUACAAUCAGAGGGAAAGUUACAAUAGCUCAGGCCUCUAGCUCACUCUUAUGAGUAUUAGGAGUCACUGGAUCUGUUCUCCUCCCUUGAUGUGUUUUAAGCUGCCAAAGACCACAGUGGAACAAACUAAACCAAGACACAAGUCUAUCUGAAGUGCCCAUGUACACACACACUGGCAGGAGGCUGGUCCAGUAUUCUUCUCUACUCCACACCUCCUUCUAGUACUUUCUAACCUGGCAUUCAUUUCUUUCUUCCCCCUUAGUCCCACUCCACUCUUGGUUUCUUCCACUGAACUCUUGACUACUACCACUCCGUGUGUGUGUGUGUCCAAACUCUGCCCUUGUUAUACUAUGGACCAUACUGUGCUGGACCAGGUAAAGUGUCGUUCUGUGGUUGGCAUGAAAAGAGACCAAAGCAAACCUUAUUAUGCAAAGGUUUAGCCAACGUUGUGUUAGUGGCUGCACCCUAUGUUCGGAAACGUAGGAUUUCACACUGUAUAGACUGUGUGUUACAGAAGGCACAGUUCUAUCCAACAAGCAGCAUCGGUGCACAACUUGUACAAUGUGGCCAAAUUCCUCUUUGUGAAAGGCAUUCAAGGUCACACUGCAUGUUGCUGAGUCAUCAUACAGCAAAACAAGGCCUUUCUAGUCCAGUGCAGUGUACUUCUAUAGUGCGACAGAGGCUUAAGCAGAGAAGUCUGGAGUUGUAUCAAUAUUUAUAACGAAACAAAAAUAUAACAACUUUUUUUUCUCCAUCAACUGUUUCACUGUGAGGAGUGAGUGAAUGUAAAACUAAAGGCGAGGAGGACGCAGAGUUCGGUUUAAUAUCAAAACACGUCAGGGACUAAACACUCCCUCAGAUGCUUCUAGAAGCUAGCAGGGACAACGGCCAAUGUGCCUGAUCUGAAACGUUGGCAAGCCCGUGGCCAAGGUCAAGUUUGAUGAGAAGUGUUUAGUCCCAGGCUUUUUGGAGCUGUAAUGUGAUUCGCUGCUAGAGAUCUGCUAGGAACAGGACAUUCCACAUGGGAGGUCGCUCAGGCCAUCUCACUAGCAAACAGUUUACUACGUGACUGAAGUGUCUGCAUGGAAAUUAGACUCUAUAUAAAUAUAUACUCUAUUUUUUUUACUUUGUCUGUUUUUCGAAGGGAUUGGGGGUAGUAUUGACCAGUCACACCAGAUUACCAGCUGGUCUGAGCAGAGUAGAGGUGUGAUACCAUUUACAAGUGGUGUGUCGCUCUUUCAAAAGGUGGACCGUAUUUCUAACAUGUGUUUUUGCAAGGCCAAGCUUGGCUUUCACUUGAUGCGCCAGCAUCCUGAGGCCAUUUUGGGGCCUUUUGUGUCUGGUACACUAAAGGUCACAUGUGAAAGCAAUUUACACUGAUUGUGCUAACAUUUAAAGACUAAUUACUCUGUCCAUGAAAUGAGUUGGUAUCACCCACUGAAUCAGUCUGCCAGGUUAAAGAACAUCAGAGUAUAGUGAGAGGAAGUGAGCAUAUUUAAUACACACAUGAAUACACACAGUACAUAUUUACUUUGGAUACACAGGGGCACAUGGACUUAUUAAUACACCAUAUGCAGACAGAGGUUUGUGUAUGACUAUACUAUACUGUGUAUACACAGAGACUGAUUGACACACAGCUAGCAGAGCCUUACUUUUAAUGAGCUUUGCCAAUACAUGACAGCUUUGAAGGCUCUAGAGGGGAGAUGGGGUGUCAGUUAUUCAGGAGACCAUUACCCGCAGUUACUGUACAUUGAUGUUGUUGCAGCCAGUUGGAUCUGCCCUAUUGACCUGUUUGUUUUUUUUUCCCUGUGCUCUUUAUAUGCAUUCAUAUAGAAAUCCUGGAAGAUAACAGGGCCCCUGUGGCCUAAUUGAAUCCACAGAGCUGGCCUCUCAUGUAGUCCAUCUGAGACAGUGUGCUUUGAUAGCUUAUUAAAAGUGUUGUGAUCACAGAACUUUAGAUAUAUGUAAGGAUCUGGAUACGUCUGUCCUACCAGGCCCAUAUAUAAAAAGAGUUGGGUUUGACACUUUUCUGCUAAUACUUAAUAGCCAAUACUAAUACCACUGACAUGGACAGAAAUGUGAGCGUGUGUUAUUUUAGUACCAAAGCAGCAGACUGUGUCAGAUCUGCAUCAGUCUAAACACAGGCUCAGAGCCACAGGCAGACACACAUCACACAUGAGCAGUUUCAUUUCCACUUCGAUCAUUGCUCAGACUCAGUGCCAGCUUGAGAGUUAAUAAUGUUGGCUCUCUGGGUGUUUUUGGAAAGUAUACUCAAUCUAGCCGUAGAAAAAAGGUAGUAAGAUGGUUCUGGGCCUAAAACUUUCCCUAAAACAGAUUCGGGGAACGUGUCCUGUUUCUGAAGGGAUUAAAAGACAGGGUUUCCUCAUCACAAUGUGAGAAUUCAAACACUUCCUAUUUGUUGUUUGAUUUUUUUUUUAUUUUUUAUUUUUAUUUUUUUUUUAUAUUGUCUAAAUGCUAUGACCAUAGACUACUAUCAGUACAUGCAAGACUCUGAAUGGGCUCACCUAGGGCUGGACUCAUGCAGGAAUGUAAAGAAUCUAAGUUAACAUCCUAUUCUAUGUUUCUGUUACUUGGAGAAAAACACUGGAUGUGCAUUGCACUGGUAUAAAAUCAGUCCUGUGUAACAGAUACAGAUGGAUGUGUAUAAGGCCUGACAUAAUCUGGGUGAUGGGGAGGUUCACACAGAGCAUGGCCAUUAGCAGUUAGCCACACUGAGAGCCUUAGAGGAAGAUUGGAUUCUCUAGUUCUAAAUCUGUUUUCCAGCCAGCUAAUGAUGAUGAUCCCAGCAUAACAGUCAUAUUAAGGGUAUUAUUAUGUUCUUGCCACACUGAAUUUCUAGAGAAGAAACAACAAAAUGGCACUGAUAGCAUAACCUGGCCAAACUCUGUCAGUAGCUCUGGUGCAUACCCUAGAGGUUGGUGUGUAGUGCCUGGCUAUAUCAAGAAACUGAUAGAUAUUCAUGCUCAGUGUCAGCCAACUAUCUUCAUUUAGAUCUCAGCUACUGUGGCUCUGAUGUUUCUGGCUGCUAAACAAAGUCUUUCUUGUCAUGUCUGGAGAGCCAAAGCUCCUAAUUAGCCAGGCAGGCAGGCCUGCUACCCAGUCCAGCCUCACAACUAUGCAAGAGGAAUGCAUAUAAUCCACACUCUUCUCAGUUUGUUUCCUGUUUUUAUAUUUUCUUUUUCUUUUUCUCACUGUCAUGCAGUAGAAAUGAAGACGUAAACUAAUAAGAACUUGCAAUGACAAUACUUGGCCUUAUGAUGAUUUAUGAAAUCUUAUCAUUUUAGUUUUAAGAUCUUUUGAUUCUGGUCAGCCAGCCCAGCGACAGCAGCGGUGACGGCGGGCUCACUCUUGGUCUCUGUGAGACUGGCUAGAUGGCCCCUAGUUUUAUCGUGGUACGAAUGUUGUGCAUUUGUUUAAAAUCAGGACAGUUUGCAAUAACAGCAGUCUUACUAGUGGCCACAAAGGGGCACAAGCAGUGCUGACAGCGCCCGGCUGCGUCUUUAGAAAACCAUAGAGGAAGAAAUAUAAACUAUAUAAAUAGAUAUAUAAACUCUCACAGUGCAUAUUUGUAUAGGUAUCAACCAUGCAUUACCGUGUUAUACUCUUAUGCAACACAUGUCCGGGUUCAAUUUAUGAACAUGAAGUAUAUUAUGAAAUCACACAGACUUUGUAAAUCAGAAGCUAUGUUGUUGUGUGUUUUUUGCGAAAAUGGUUUUACCAUCCUCAAUGUUGAAUAUUCUGAGCGUUAUGUUCCUGUGUGAUUGUGUUUGUUAAAGUGAGCACAUAGCAGUGGGUUUUACCUUCUUCCUGUAAGCAGGGAACCAGACGGGACCCAAAACACAGCUGGACUACAUUUCAAAUAACAUGGAGCAUAUUUUAAACAAAAACUUUCAAAUCUGAUCUGUACACAGCUUUACAAACACCUGACUGUAGUCUCUAACUAAAAUGUAUCUGCAUGACUCAGACAGAGUUGUAUGAGCUUCAAACACACCUAAGCUGGUUUAUCAACAGCAUGGUUUUAGACUUGCCCUAACCAGCAAAGAAAGGUUCCAGCGCGAAAAACAGCCCCCUAUUGUCCAUAUAUAAGAGCAGUUUAGUUGAGGACUUGACUUUAAUGUAUGUUUGUGAAACUGCUGUUGAGUAAAUUUAAGACUGAAAUCAUUUCCAGCUGUUUUUUUGGUUUAGUCUGCCGGGAAAGAGUCCUCUCCUGCUGAGAGGACAGAUUUUAUCAUAAAGAACAGUGUUGAUCCAUGGUUCUGUUGUGGAGUAAAGGGAGGAUAGAUUACAAACCUCCAUGUAAAACCUCUUAAUUGACAGAUGGAGUACACUUGAGGGGUCAACCUGCCGAAUGUUGAAUUGAAUUAAUGUUGAAUGAAUGCUUCUCUUCUUUUAGUCAGUGAAUAAAAGCAUUAAAAACA